GACUACUGCGUGUCACGGAAAUGCUGGUGCCGGGCGCAACAAGUCAACUGAAGGAAUUCGUUGCCUACGAAUAGCGGCGCACGACGUAAUAAUCUCAAGCUAGACUACGCACGCGCAGCAUAGAAUAAAACACACCGUUGCUGUUAGCUGGAGACAAUUUGGCAGCUCUGAGAUGUCCUCCUCUUCAAUACAAGGGUUCCUUUACAACGCCCUCAGAGGGGAAUUUUGCUGGUCGACGAUUGCAGUGUGGGUGACCAUCUUAACAACUGGACUACUAGCAAUGAGAAAUCUUGCUGUAAGCAAGGGAACAGACAGAAAAGGCAAGCGCCUUCCGCCCGGUCCGAGCGGACUACCGGUGCUUGGCUACCUUCCAUUCGUGAGGAAAUCGUAUCACGUGACUUUUAAAGAGCUGAGCGACCAUUACGGGCCAAUAUUCAGGGUCCGCCUGGGUUCCAAAGAUGUGGUUGUGCUAAACGACGUCGCUUCUGUCCGGGAGGGACUCAACAAUGAAGAUGUUCUCUACAGACCCGAAGACUUUGUGUUCCGGUAUCUCGACACUAAAGGAGUUGGAGGUUUGAACGGAGAAAUGUGGCAAGCGAACAGAAGGUACUGCUUCCAGGUUCUGAGGAACUUGGGCUUUGCCAAGAAAUCCAUGGAGAAGCACAUGCAAGAGGAAAUUCAGAGCUUUACGAAGCUCCUGGAGCUUAGCAAGGAAAGGCCCGUGACGCUGGCGCAGCAGCUUACCGCCAGCGUGGCUAACAACAUGUCGGCGCUGGUGUUCGGCGAACGCUACGACCACCACGAUCCCCGUGGUCGCCUAGUAGCGGAACUGCUCACUAACUUCCUGCAGAACGCCAACUUCUUCUCGUUAGCCGAUUUCCUGCCCGCAGUCCGCUUCUUCGCUUUGUACCUCCCAUGCACGAGGCUUCGCAGCAUCAACUACGUUUUUAAGGAGUUCAAGAAACUUAUCAGAACCGAAAUUUCGAGUCGGGAACAAGUCAUGGACCAAUAUAAGGACAGAGACUUUAUAGAUGGUUAUUUGAGAAUGGUCAAAGAGAACAACGGCGAUAAUUCACACUACACCUUGAAGACUCUGGAAGCCAACUCGAUCAACUUCUACAGUGCUUCAACCAACACAGUUAGGACAGCCAUCCUGUGGAACCUGUACAUUGCGGCCAGUGACCCCGAUGGACACCAGGCGCGCAUCCAAAGGGAGAUAGAUGCCGUUGUGGGCAAGCUGAGGGCGCCUGAGUGGGAUGACCGGCUGCGCAUGCCGUUCACCAUGGCCUCAAUAAUGGAGAUGCUACGUUGGAGGACAAUAUCACCCCUUGGCAUAAGCAGGACAGCUGCAAGAGACACAGUUAUUUGUGGUUACGACGUGCCAGCUGGUACUGUUGUGGCAGCUAACUUUUGGAGUCUUCACAAUGACCCAGCGUACUGGCACUGUCCAUCCAAAUACGACCCAACGCGAUUCCUUAAUGCAGAUGGCACAGCAGUAAAAGAAAAACCGAUGGCAUUUCUUCCAUUUAGCAUGGGAAAGCGACGGUGCCCGGGCGAGACCCUUGCCAUGAUGGAAAUCUUUCUUUACACGACUACAGUGCUUCAGAAGUUUAAGGUACUUCCUGAUGAGGAGAAAGAGAUCUUGCUGGACGGACAUGACGUCCUUUUGAAUGUAAUGGACGAUACCCAAGGGCUGCGUUUCUUAUUGCGAUGAAACUUAAUACGUAAUUUUUUUUUGUAUCCAGAGCGACACCUUCACUAAUCUUCACGUUUUGGCUAAUCAAGAUGAGUUUCUGCCAGUAGGACGCUGGGCGCCGUUUUGCACAAAUUUAUAUGAAUAAUUCUACAUAUCGCCAAGACAUCUAAAAACAUUUCUGAGUGAAUAUGACAAGCUGCAGCAAGAAACUGCUACUUUUGGAUUUCGUUUUGUUCAAACAUGGUUCAAAUAAUUUUAUAAGGAAGAAAGUCUUGGACAUGACUUCUGACAGAUUUCCACACCUUAAAUGCAAGUUUCUUGCGUCCACAAUUGAGCUCGCACGUAUAUGCUGGGACUGCGAAAUGUGUUUAUAAUGUGUUCGUUAAAUCAAACAAACAAAUGUGUGCGUGACUUAUCUGUUAAAAUUUUCUAAUACAUCGAUUCUGUAAGACUGCACUGUUUUAAUAUUUUAGCUUCCUUAUUGUUCACCAACGUAUUUUAAUUGUUGUUAUUACAAA